CUCUCAAGCCAAAGCGUUCCGAGAGUUUUCGCGUGUGCGUCGUCUCGCGUGCUAGGUUAAUGGCUGUCAUAAAUCGCCUGUGCUCGAAUCAGGUGCCCUUUGUAAAUAUCAUGUAGACACAUCGUUUCUACGAAUAUUAGCCUACUUCGCUUCACGAUUUCUUCACGAAUUCUGCAACACGCAAUCCGCGGAAUAAUUCUCAAAUGGAUUUUCUAGCUGAUGUCGCGUAACGCAACACUGAAAGAUAUUUAGUUAACGCACUGUAUUCCAGCACAGAGAGACAGAAAUUAGAGCAUAAACGAGCCUGAAAUCUAAGAAGUGUAACAAGAGUUUUCGCGUUGCCCGAUUCCUAUUUGCACACGAACCAAAAGCGUAUUCUUCGUGCUCGGUGUAGCAUAAAUCCAUCUUUUUCGCGAUUCGCCGAAAAGUAAACGUUUACAGUGCUUCGCUUUUGAGCGCGAACAUGUGCUCCCGUUACGGAAUUUAAGAGUGCCGAGAUCGCGAAACGUGUAACCGGUCUGCGAAGCUUGGGGGAGCACUGUAGCACAGACCACACGGAUUCGAGCGCUGCGCGAGGAAAAUAUUUGUUUCUCAGAACGCGAGAGAUGACGGAGCAGAACGCGUGAGCAAGAUUGCAGAAUACACGAAGGAGGAGAACAAGAGCCCGAACAAAGACACGGUAAAUGGUAAGAUGGAGAAUUGCGGCGGCGGUCAGCGCCUGCCCCCGGACGGGGACGAAUUUCCAGCAGCGUACCAAGAAUUCAGCAACAGUAGCAGUCAGUCGCCGUACAGAUACAUGGCCGCGACAAGGACAGCGACGAUAGCCACGAAUGGCAGCGGAUUGUGCAACGAGAACGAGGCGUUCCAUGCCGGCGAAACUUUUAAAAUGCUCGCGAACGACAGCAACGUUGUCGGUUCGAGGAGCAUCAUACUGUCCGAUAACAAAAUGACGCUGACGAGCAGUGAAAACGUGAGGCAGGAUAUAAACAAAGUCGCUUUGUCAAGUAUGAAUAAUGUCCGGUCGGAGAUAGACACAGCCACUUCGGCCGGUAUAGAUAACGUACGUCAGGACGUGAAGUCCUCCGAGGUUUCUAACGAGGAGAGAAAAUCGUCUUAUCAGACUUCGGACGAUAUUGCGAAGAAAAACGCUCUCAUCGUCGCAGGAAGUUCUCUUUAUCCGUGUCAAACGACCAACAGCAAUCUAACGAUGAGCGAGAAAAAGAUGGAAAUCGCCGGAUAUUAUCACAAGGACGUGGCGACGAUCGAGGAGGUACCAAGCCAUGUGGAAAAGGACACACCUGUUGAUAUUCCGCCGCCUCUACCGCUGACAGGUCCACCCAAAAUGGAACAAACAGUUUUGCACGCCAGAAACGUUUCGGCGACGGAAUCGCCGCAGAGAAAGUUCUCCCUGAAUGGCGAUCUCUGGAGACAAGAUGACAAAUCCGAGCGGUCCGUCCGGGACAAAAUCGCCAUGUUCUCAUCACAAAGUAACAUCGACGCACCCUUAUUCCCUAACGCGAUGACAGCCGCGGCGGUUACGACGAGCAACGGUAAACGUCUCUCCAAGUACAAGUCGUCCGAAGACGUUUGCUGCGACGACAAAAGCAUCGGGCAGAAAGACCGGCCGUCUUUCUUCGCCGACAGAACUCAGAGUUCCUUCGACCUCACCGAUUCGUCACGGUCCUCGACAGGGCAUGACUCGGCGAGAAAAUAUAGCCAGAGGGCGCCGAGCUUGCCUCAGAAUGCUCAGUUGGCUCAACCAGUUCUAUUGAGUCCGACUGCUCAGGCUACACGUGUUCCCAAGACACUACCGGUUAUACCGCCGAAAACUACGUUGCUGUCCAGUCCUAUGUCACCUUUGUACGACAAGCAGACUCUCUCAAAUACGACGAUGAAGAACUAUUGCGUGAGCACUGCCGAAAAUAGUAAUCUACAAAACGCCGCGUAUCCGAACAGCGGUAAAGCCGUCGGUUCUUCUAACAAUCCCGUCAAGGCGACGAACAUCUCAUUGUUGACACGAGCUACGAGCUUCUCAGGUGCGACACCCUUUGUGCAAGAUCGAAAUUCUAUGACACCCGAUUCGAUCAGCAAUUCACAAAUCUCGAGAACCAAUUCCUUAGCGUCCACAUUCAGGCGGCCCGGCGAAGAUGCGAGGAGAAGUAGUUUGAAUCAAUUGAUCGAGCAGAGGCGAAGAUCAAUAUCGAAACUACGCGGACUAGUUAUACCGGAAAAAGAGACUGUGCCGAUCGAUCAACCUAUCGUCGAUCUGCCGGAAAUUAAAUCACGAGAUUCGAUAUUGUUGCAUCAGAUACCAAAGGCAAAUAUUCAAGACAAAUGGGGGUCUCAAAGUUCUUUGGCAAGCAACACCAGCACGGCGAGCCAACCUUUGAAAGCGACAACGUCUUUCAAGAUGCCGGCGCCGCAGAUACACUCGAAAUAUUCCCCGGCCUUCAAGAGAAAGUCUCUCACGGUAUACGGUACAUCUGUGACAAUGAACUCCUCGAUAAACGGCGGCAGUCCGAUCAAAAACUCUCAAUCAAGUGCGACAUCCGCGUUUUCGGAGCCACCGAAAAGCCUGGAGAGCAUUUGCAGUCCGACGAGAAGCGAUUACAGCUUCGAAUUCGCGUCGACCACCAGCUCGCCGGACGGUUCGCGCACGAGACCGCGGACGUUCCAGAGGAAGGCGCGCUUAGAUUACGACGAUUCCGACAACGAUUCGGCCGUGAGCAGUUCUCAGAGCAGCAUAUCCCGUGGCUUCAGUCCACCGAUGUCUCCGGUGCCGUCGGAGAGAUCCACCGUCUCGUCGGAGAGAUCCUACGUCUCUACGGAAUUGAACUACCAACGUCGACCCUUGAUCGCGGACAGCUUGGUCAGAACCGCGAUGACGCGCGACGCGCGAGAUCAGAUCGGUGGAUCCGAUAAAGAUCAGUUCGGCUCCAGAAUUCUUGGAGAGAGAAUGUACGUGACCGAGAGAUCGUCGUCUAGCAGCAGCAGCUCGAAUCCACGCUCGCCGCAGCCAAACGAGUUUGGUCCGAGGAACUCGCAGAUCCCGCAGAGACAGUUAAGACGUUCGAACAGCACCGACACGAACUGCAGCACAUCCUCGACGCUCACGUCCGGAUCUCAAGCUAGCGCCGAAUCCUUAUCCCGAAGAGUGUUGAAGCCACAAAGUGUGGAGGCGAUAAAUCGAAAGAAUAUCCUGGCGAGCGCGAGAUGCCGAAGCGGCAGGGAUCUAAACGGAUCGCCUUUGAUCCAGCGAAAAUUCUCGGACGAGGAGGACGCCGCGCGAGCUAUCGAGAACGGCGGUGUUAUUCAUCAAAUGGCCAGUAAUCCGGGAAAUGACGUCGUGAAUAAACAAGAGAUCAAGAUAGCUUAUAUAGAAGUCGCAGAUCCCUUCGCGGAGGAUGAGGAAUCCUCACAAAAAAAGAAUGAAGCGCCUAAGCUGCCGCCUAAAAGAAGCUUACCGCCCCCGGCUGUUAGACCGCCUAAAUCCGAAAUGCUGGAACCGUCGAACGAUCUUAAAAUGUGGGUUCGAGCGGAGGCGAAAACUCUCGCACGGUCCGCGGAGGAAAAAUCGAGCAAUAAAUACGACAAGAGUCCGUCCGUCGUAGGUCAAAAUUUGGAAGCGUCACCCACGAUUCACGCGGCCAGAAACAAUCGUGGCUUUACGUUCGACGAAUCUGUUAGUACAACCGCUAAUGGCAGUUUGUCCUCGAAGAGCAAGAUCGCAGUAGGAGAAACAAAGGCCGCUGCGAUGGAAACGUCGAAGCAACAAAGCAGAACAAGUUUAACUCCCAGAAAAAACACGGAAGACCAAAACGAUCUCCUGACGAUCCUAACGACGAAGAGCCGAUCCAGAUCAGCCAUACACGUCGACGAAGGAACUUUCGGUCGAUCGAAGAGCCAGAUGAGCUUGGAGGAUAUCCUUGGCGCCAAAGCGGACUCGAAACUGCUCCGUACGCAGAGCAUGGAACCAAAAAUCGAGAAGAACGGCACGAUAGCAACGGGUUUGCCGGUGAAAUCUAGUUGGGAUUCCAAGGAAAAUCGAUACGAGAGAAAAAGUUCCUCAAACAAUUCCUGGUCGGAAGACCGAUUUUUUGUUUCGAAAAUACCUACCCUGGGAAAACCAAGAACUGUCGAUAGCGGCGACGAAAUAUCAGAAACCGUCGAGAGAACGAAGAUUUCUCCAUCAAAAAUUCCGACGUCUCGCGGCCUAAACCGACGCAGCGCCAGUGUCACAGAUAUGAAAAAAGUUUUGGAGAAGAUCGAUACGAGUCCUGUGCACAGUCAAUUGCAGCAGAACACCAGCGGCACGCACAAUCGAUUUCCCAGUCUGGACAGCAGCGUGGACGAGAACAUGGGGACGGAAACGGAUACCGAUAGAUGCUACAGCGAACAAUUCGGCAGCAUCAGCUCAUUGGCCAGCAGCACUAGUUUGAUUUCGCAGCAGGAACUGGCGCAGCUCGUGGAAGAGGCGAGUUUAGAAGAAACGCGCGGCGCGCACGACGUUAUAGUCGUUCUACUUCACAAGGAGAAUCCGACCGGCAGCGUCGGCAUCACGCUGGCUGGCGGCGCCGAUUGCGAGGUGAAGGAGAUCACGAUUCACCGAGUGCUGACGCACUCCAUCGCGGACAAGGACGGUCGGAUGCAGCGUGGCGAUAGGAUUCUCAGUAUAAACGGCCGAAGCACGCGAGGUCUCACGCACAGAGAGAGCAUGGCGGUGCUGAAGCAGCCAAGGUCGGAGGUCGUGUUGGUCGUGUCGCGAGCCAGGACGGAGGAGGGCUGUAAGCUAAGAUCGCGUACCGCGAGUGUCGAAACCAUCGUUGAAGGGUUAGAGACGAAUGGAACUGUAGAGGACACGGCGUGGGGACCACCGUCGACCGUGGCGGUCUACAAAGACGGAACCGGACUGGGAUUUAGUCUGGAAGGCGGCAGGGAUAGUCCUCUCGGGGACAGACCUCUGAUUAUCAAGAAGAUAUUCACCGGAGGAGCUGCCGAAAAGACAGGUGCCUUAAAAGCCGGAGACCAAUUGCUCGAAGUAAAUGGAAACGACGUAACGCGAAUGUCGCGGAUAGAAGCGUGGUCUUUGAUGAAGAAGCUACACGACGGUGAAGUAAAUCUCCUAGUCAGGCAUCCUGCCACCAAAUCCUCGUGAAGAGUAAGGAAUCCUGAUCGUACGAUGCAAGUGAAAUGAAGAAAUGUGCCAAGCAAGCGACUGUCAUUUUUUGAUCGGUAAUUGUUAAAUAGAGAUAAUGGUUAAUAAUAUGUGUUAAUUUGUGUUUCGAGAGAUUUUAGAUCAGAAUUAAUGAUACGCGAAAAACUAUUUUAUUGGGCUUGUGAAUUCGAAUGAAGUUAUCGCAGAUUAUAAGAUAUCGUUUUUUAGUUAAAAUUAAAAAUUAUUAAUAAUUUAUAAAAAAAAGUAAUUUAUGGUAUUUUGAAAGUGAUCUAAACGAUUAAAUAGUUAUUAUGUAUCCGCUGUUUUCAUAGUUACACAGUCAUUUAUUAUAAAUUCAAUAGAAUUAAUUAACAAGAAGGAAGAAAAAUAUCUAUGAUUUGUUUUGCCUUUCAAUGAGGUAUCUUACAGACUUUUAGCAAAUACAAUCUUUAAUAUAAAUAGCAGUAAAAUAAUAUAUCUUUUGAAUAUAUGUAAAUUUGUGAUAUAAUGCAAUGAUGUUGAUGCAACUAUCUAUUAUCAUAAAAUCAGAAUACAAAAUGCAAGAAAAAAGGCACACAUUUCCAAAUUAAAUUGACACCACAAAGUGCACUAGCACUCUCUCAAAGUAUUCAAUAAUUAGAUGUGAAAUAGCAAUUUACUAUAUUUGUUUUGUAUGAAUGCCUUCAUUGAAAAGCAACAACAGCGUGUAAUAUAAGUACAUUUUGACAACGAAAUAUAUAAGAAUUUCGAUAUGAUGUAUGCCAUACGCAAUGAAUCAUAAUAUUACUAGAGUGAAGUAGAUAGGCAUGUCAAUUAAUCAUUUAGACCAAUGUUAAUACGUCGUUUUCGUACGACAUUAAUUUCAUAGUGCCGGCCGUGCAGUAAUAGUUCGAAUUAAGAAUUUGCGACGAGCAAAUAGCUGAGUAUAUAGUUAAAAUAUGAGCCUGUAGAUCGCCUGUUUCUAAUCGAUUUUAUGAUAGCCACCCAGUUGCCUUAUUAUAGUGGUUCCUGUUGAUUUACUUUUAGGAUACGAACACGGUAGAAUACCUUCGUGUAAAACGAUCACAAAACUGAUAUGCCGUUGUAUCGAGAGCACGAGAUACAUGCUGUUUCAAUUUUCUAAUUGUUAAAGUUUUUGGCUCCUCGUUGCAAUCGUAAUAAAUUAUGGAGCGAGAGAUCGCGUAAAUAUUUUCUUCGCGUUAUACGUCAAAAUAAAUUAGUUUUUUUUGCGUUUCUUUACUUAUGUUCGAUAGUAUUGACUGAUAAGAUAUAUCGACGAUUUCCUUUUUCAUAAAUUAAUAGAUAGUUAUAUAUCUCUUGAUAAAAAAAUUUUUAUAAAUUUUUAUUUUCUGGAAAUGUAGAUUAAAUUAAUUUUUUUUUUUUUUGCUGGAAUUUAUAUAAAUUGAGUUAUGUGUGCACAUUGAAGCAGGAUAAAAAAGUUUUUUUAUAUAUUUGCUCAAUCUAUAUUAUUGAUUGUGUGAAUAACAAUAUACGAAAAAACUAAUUUAUUUCGAUGUAUGCUGCAAAAAAAUUUACAUCAUUUCUUGCUUCUGAUCCAAAAUGGCUGCAGUGGACAACUUUCAAUAUAUGUAUUGUGGCGAAAAAAUGGCUAAUCGUUAUUGAAAUUUGUAACUGACAAUGAGUCGCACGAAUUCUUUGCGCUUUUUCAGUAGUUCAUUAAAAAGCGACGAAAAAAAAUAUGUUUCGAUAAAAUUUCGACGAAGCCGUAUACUAAUAGCGGUAUAAUGUAAUUACACGGCCGUGUAUAUGAUGUACGCCGUGUAUGUGUAUAUGUACGUCAUGUACGUGAUAGAAUAUUACUUUGUUGCGACGUUUUUAUGUCGAAAUUGUCUCGAAUGAGACGGGCGCAAUAUAUUUUUGCGCUUCCAUAGAUGUAAUAAGGAUAUAACAGGAUGGAAUAUAAAGCACUUACCUUUCA